AUGGGGAGGGAUACUAUCAAUGUGAUUAGUACUUAUGCACCUAAAGUAGGAGCGGAAGACCAUCUUAAGGAGAAAUUUUGGAUAGAUAUGGAGGGUUUGAUUCAAAGUAUACCAACCAUGGAAAAGAUUUUUGUUGGUGGUGAUCUUAAUGGACAUGUUGGUAAAGACACGGGACAGUAUGCUGGGGCUUAUGGUGGUUUGGGUUUUGGAGUACAUAAUAAUGAAGGACAAGCUAUUAUUGAUUUCUCCCUCGCAUACAAUCUCAAGAUUGUUCACACUUGUUUUAAGAAGCGGGAUGAGCAUUUAAUCACUUACAAGAGUAGAACCCAAAAAUCGCAUAUUGAUUUCUUUCUGGUAAGGAAUCCUGAUAAAAAACUCUGGACAAAUUGUAAAAUGAUUCCUAGAGAUGGCAUCAUAGCACAACAUAAAGUACUGGUCCUUAAUGUGCGUAUUCAGUGUAUAAAACAAAAGCGCCAACAAGUGUUAAUCCCAAGGGUCAAAUGGUGA